CUGUCUCUGGAGCAUUGGAUAAUGUGAGUUGGGUUGCAGUGAUGUCGACUCUCUGCCCGCCGCCAUCUCCAGCUGUUGCCAAGACAGAGAUCGCUUUAAGUGGUGAAUCACCUUUGUUAGCAGCUACCUUUGCUUACUGGGACAAUAUUCUUGGUCCUAGAGUAAGGCACAUUUGGGCUCCAAAGACAGAACAGGUACUUCUCAGUGAUGGAGAAAUAACUUUUCUUGCCAACCACACACUAAAUGGAGAAAUUCUUCGAAAUGCAGAGAGUGGGGCAAUAGAUGUAAAGUUUUUUGUUUUGUCUGAAAAGGGAGUAAUUAUUGUUUCCUUAAUCUUUGAUGGAAACUGGAAUGGAGACCGGAGUACUUAUGGACUAUCAAUUAUACUUCCACAGACGGAACUUAGUUUCUACCUUCCACUCCACAGAGUGUGUGUUGAUAGAUUAACACACAUUAUUCGGAAAGGAAGGAUAUGGAUGCAUAAGGAAAGGCAAGAAAAUGUCCAGAAGAUUGUCUUAGAAGGCACGGAGCGAAUGGAAGAUCAGGGUCAGAGUAUUAUUCCAAUGCUUACAGGGGAAGUCAUUCCUGUGAUGGAACUGCUUUCUUCUAUGAAAUCACACAGUGUUCCUGAAGAAAUAGAUAUAGCUGAUACAGUACUCAGUGAUGAUGAUAUUGGUGACAGUUGUCAUGAAGGCUUUCUUCUCAAUGCCAUCAGUUCACACUUGCAAACCUGUGGCUGUUCUGUCGUUGUAGGUAGCAGUGCAGAGAAAGUAAAUAAGAUAGUGAGAACAUUGUGCCUUUUUCUAACACCAGCAGAGAGAAAAUGCUCCAGAUUAUGUGAAGCUGAAUCAUCAUUUAAAUAUGAGUCAGGGCUCUUUGUUCAAGGCCUGCUAAAGGAUUCAACUGGGAGUUUUGUGUUACCUUUCCGACAAGUCAUGUAUGCUCCAUAUCCCACCACACACAUAGAUGUAGAUGUCAAUACUGUCAAGCAGAUGCCACCUUGUCAUGAACACAUUUAUAAUCAGCGGAGAUACAUGAGGUCAGAGCUGACAGCAUUCUGGAGAGCCACUUCCGAAGAAGACAUGGCUCAGGACACAAUCAUCUACACAGAUGAGAGCUUCACUCCCGAUUUGAAUAUUUUCCAAGAUGUCUUACACAGAGACACUCUAGUAAAAGCCUUCCUGGAUCAGGUCUUUCAUUUGAAACCUGGUCUGUCUCUCAGAAGUACUUUCCUUGCACAGUUUCUACUCAUCCUUCACAGAAAAGCCUUGACACUAAUCAAAUAUAUAGAAGAUGAUACGCAAAAGGGAAAAAAGCCCUUCAAAUCUCUUCGGAACCUGAAGAUAGACCUUGAUUUAACAGCAGAGGGCGAUCUUAACAUAAUAAUGGCUCUGGCUGAGAAAAUUAAACCAGGUCUGCACUCCUUUAUCUUCGGAAGACCUUUCUAUACUAGUGUACAAGAAAGAGAUGUUCUGAUGACUUUCUGAUGUGUAAUUCGUUAGGUAUAUUUCAUCACAAUCAUGAUUGUUAUUACAGUAGCUCAAUGUGGUAAAUAUCACUUUCCCUGGUCGCACCUCAGCAUCCUACUCUGCAUUUGUGGUUAAAGUUAGUUUCACUACAGUUGUCACAGAGUGGUGUGUAUCAUUACAUUGAGUGUCUCUUUUGUGUAUAUAUACUCUUUUCAAGAUUUAUGUUUACAAUUAAUAAUAUUAUUGCUAUCUUCUAUAGAUACAAUAAUAGGAUACAAACUUGACCACAACUGCUGUUUCUGAAAUUCAUGAUUCAUCGUUUACAUAUAUCAAGGUGAAAACUGAGUGAGCUUUUACAGAUAUAAUACUAGUAGUUGACUUUCCAUCUUUUGUUGUUUCUUGGUGUAUAAGAUUACUGUAAUACUUUUACAAUCAACUGAAAAUUAGCACUCUUAAAGUUCCCAGUUCCGCACAAAGAACUGAAAUAUCUUGAAUAUAAUUUAAGUUUUAGGAAGAAGAUAUUGAUGAAGCAGGUUUUUUAUUAAAAUUAAUUAUUAAGUCUGAGUUAGGAUUCGGUCUGUGUAGAAGUGCCAGGCAGUUAUGUGUAGCCAGUGAUUAUGGUGAACCCUAGUGUAUUUUUUGUUUGUUUAUUGUUGUCAGUAUCCUAGAGCUGGACAAUAUCUAAGAAUAUAGGAUAUUGAUUUUGUUUUAGUUGUUGCCAGUUCUCAACAAUAAUUUUCAUUUCCUUGAGCCAGACUGAAACAUGUGCCUCCUGUGCCUUUUUUUCCCUUGGAAAAUAUAAUUACUCAGAAGAAAUUCAGAUUUCACUGGUUAGUCGUUUCAACCUUGUUUCCCUCUUGCAGAAUAUACCAUGUACCUAGUUUGACAGUUAUUAUAACCCCAAGAUUAUAAAAUUCAUCAGAGAAUCCCCUAAUAAUAUCUUUUUUUGAGGACAACAGAAAAAUUCCUUUUCUUCUUCCUUAUAUUCUGCCCGUGUUUUUGAAGUGAUUGCCAUGUUGCCUGCAUCACAUAAGAACAGCCGGACAAACUACUGAAAUACUAUUUUCCUAGGUGCUAUAAUGGCAGAAUUAACUGGCCUGUGUCUUUGGUUUCUUUAAUGUGUUUUGGCCUCUUUUUUUGGCUAUAAAAUAAUCUGAUUAAAGUAAUUCUGUGCUUAGAACAGAGUUGGUAUACGAGUACACAAAUUUUUAUUUAAAACUGUGAAAGUAAUAUGAAAGAGAAAACAUUUAUAAAAAGGGAUAAAAACAAUAGAGCCCUUCUGCCCUCACCUACCAAGUUUAAUAAGAAAGACAUGUUUUAUUCUGAAAGACACAUAAUAGUUUUCAUACAAUGAAUCAGAAACAUCUAGAUAUCUUAAUUUUCAGAUAUACACUGAACAUGACAGUAUCAUAUUAUGUAUAUCUCAGUCAUAAAAAUACGUAGAUAAUGUACUACUGUUUAAUAUCCCAUUCUCAAUGCUUUUUACAUAAAAUUCUUUUUUGUACAUAACAUUCUUAUUUAAGCACUAUUUUCUUUUUCUGGUUUUAUUAUAUUAGAAUAAAUUG